CCAGGUGCCUGAUUGUAGCUAGAGCAAGACAAGAAGAGAAAUAUAUAUAUAUAUAAAUAUAUAUCUUGGUCUGAUAAUGGCUUGUCUGAUAUUCUGCAAUGUAUGUUUCCAGAAGCCCCAAGGAGCCGCUCUAAAUUUCAGCCUGACCAACUGCGGCCAUGUUAUCUGUGGGCAGUGUCUCCAGAAAGGUAAAAAAGAUGAAUGUAUGAUUUGCAGAGUUCCAUGUCGUACAAUAGUCCUUUCAAAAAAGGUGAAUUCAGAUAUCCAGUCACUCUUUAUGGGAUUAGAUGGAUUAUGCAGAAAAUAUUCCAAAGAAAUCACACAAAUUGCCCAGUUUCAGGAAAAACACAGAAGACGUCUAUUAACACAUUACAGAGAAAAGAUUGCAAAACUGGAAGCAUAUCUUAAGAGAGCAUCACAACAAAUUCAGUAUAUACAACAAUUGCAACGUCGGAAUUCAUCAAAGGAGGUAGAAGUGCCACCUUCAGUAAGGAAAACUGAAACAGUAGCUGGCCCAACAAGAAUAUCACUGAUAAGUCCACCGCAGAAUGGACAUAUGGGUAGUGUUACAUGCAGAAGUUCUCAAUUAUCUGGAAUGACAUCAUUUCAAAGAAACCCAGCAGGAUCUGUAAGAUCAUCUCCCUUAAAAAUGCUCAACAAUGGAAAUCCUUACAUAUCGUCAUUUGUAUCAUCACAAAACAGUAGAAAUCAUAUCCCAAAUACUUUUGGACAGAAAUCUACUCAGCAUUAUCAGUCCACAUCUGCAUCUUCGCUCUCAUCUGGGAUCAAACACCCAAUCACUCUCGUUAAUCUUUUACAGAGGCAGCAUUUAGGAUCUACUAAUCUUCCUGGACACUCACUACAAAAAUAAAAUUACCUGCAACCUCCAUUUGACCUGAAGAACUCAUCUAUUCUAUAUAUAUAUUUUUUAUAGAAAUGUACAUUACGAUUGUAAUACUUGAUCUGAUUUGAUUAAACACUGUUUGAG